AUGGCUCCGCGAUGCUCAGGCGGAUCACCACAUUUUCUGCCUUUCUUAUACCCCUCAUUGUUCCUGACUAAGGCCUCAGGAGCGUCUCGCCUGGCCACCACAGCAGUGCAAGUUCGACACCACAUUGCCGAGCCAGCGUCCGGCGAGCCAGCAUCCUCCAAGCUUGACCCACGGGCUGACGACUAUUACGUGACAAACUUUGCCGACAAAGCAAAGCUCAACAUCUACGCUGGCGCGGGCGGCGGCGGUUGUAUCAGCUUCGCUCGCGAGGCCUACUUGCCCGAUGGCCCGCCCAAUGGUGGUGACGGAGGCCACGGUGGCAACGUCUACAUCCAGGCAGUCCACGGUGAAACAUCCUUACACAAACUAGCCCGGAGGCGAUUCAUCAGAGCGACGAGAGGGACGAAUGGGCAAGGGAGCAACAAGGCAGGAAAGCGUGGCGAGGAUGUCAUCAUCACAGUGCCCGUGGGCACGGUUGUCCGCGAGCUCAGCCGCGAGGACCCUGAGAUCGAAGAGCAGUACCGUCGGCGGUUAUACAAAGUACGCAAGGCCCUACCGAAGCCGGAGGACAGCAGCCCUGACGGCCGGAGGGAGGGACUACCCGAGGAGCCGGAGUACGAUAACCCAGAACUGGACAAGUGGAUCCUGUACCCUGGUAUAUCGUCGUCCGAGAAGAAGAAGAUAUUCGUCCCCGAUCUUCCCAGCCGGGACAAGCUCUUUGCCCAGCCUCCAGCCCCGAUCAAGCUGGACCUGUCCAAGCCCAUGGCGCGGCCCAUCCUUCUCGCAGCCGGUGCACUCGGCGGGCUAGGAAACCCACACUUUGCCUCUCGCGAACGGCCCCGGCCGCUCUUCGCCACAAAGGGUGACAAGGCCAUCUCCAUGCAGAUAGAGCUGGAGCUGAAGCUCCUUGCAGACGUCGGACUUGUCGGCCUCCCCAACGCCGGGAAGAGCACUCUCGUGCGAGCCCUAACCAACAGUCGGGCGAGGGUAGGCGCUUGGGCGUUCACAACGUUGCAGCCAAACAUCGGCACCGUGGUCCUGGACAACAACAGUGGCAGGCCCGUGGUCACGAGCUACCACCACCAGGACGUGCAAGACAGCUGGGAAGGCGACACUGAGGUGGUACAAAGGACGAGGUUCACCAUCGCAGAUAUCCCGGGACUGAUUGAGGGCGCCCACCUGGACAAAGGCCUAGGCAUUGCAUUCCUGCGACAUGUGGAGAGGGCCGGUGUCCUAGCAUUCGUGAUUGAUUUGAGCGCGGGGAAUGCGGUGAAAGCGUUGAAAGCGCUCUGGACCGAGGUCGGAUUAUACGCUCAGAUGCGCGAGGAAGAAGAGCAAGACAGGGAACGUGAGGCAAGGAUCGAACAAGGCCUUGGCCCUGAGGCUGAAGAGGAGGUAUCAUCGCCGUGGGGGCAGGACUGGCCUAUCCAUUCGGAAUAUCCUAAUGAGCCAGCCAAACAGACAGGCCUGAACAUUGCGGCUAAGCCAUGGUUCGUGAUCGCGACCAAGGGCGACUUGCCGGAUACCCAGGAGAACUUCAAGGAACUGCGGGACUACCUGACUAAGGUCACUGGCGGCGACGAGCCCCAUCCGAGUGGCAUUGAUGGCGCUUGGGUGAAGGACUGCGCGGCUAUUCCGGUCAGUGCACUCAAGGGACAGGGCGUGGACAGAGUCAUCCACUGGACUUUCAAGGGUCGCGGAGGCAGAGGCGGGGGCAGAGGAGGCGGCAGAGGUGGUGGUCGUGGUGGUGGCGGCAAGCGGGAGAAUCGUGAAAACCGUUACCGCGCGGACAUCAUCAAAGAGCAUGAGAAGAUGGAGCACUACUACAAUGAGCUCCUCGAGCUGAAAGAUGAAGAGAAGGUGGCUUUCUGGGACGCACUCCGUCGAGAGCUGCCCAACAGCUUCAGAUUCUGCGGCUCGAAAGGACAUGCACUCACUGUCAAGCGACUCCUCGAGAAACGCUACAUCCCCGAGAUCGUCGAGAUGACCAACUACGAUGGCAUGCCAGUUGAGGCCCCCCAACCUGUGCCUUGGUACCCCGACAACCUGGCAUGGUGGAUGACGACCCCCAAGAACGUCAUCCGCCGCUACCCGCCCUUCGCAAAAUUCCAAAAGUUCCUUGUGUCAGAGACCAGUGUUGGAAACAUCAGCCGCCAGGAGGUCGUCAGCAUGAUCCCUCCCCUGCUCUUGGACGUUAAGCCGGGCCAUGUCGUUCUCGACUUGUGCGCUGCGCCUGGAAGCAAGGCCGCUCAGCUCCUGGAGAUGCUCCACCAGGGAGAGGAGGGCCGUAUACUCAAGGCUCUGCAGAUACACGCAAACGAGGAUGGUCGCGAGGUUCCUGCGUACCCCGGCCUGGAUACCGUCGAUAUGGAAGUGGAUUCGAAGGAUGAUGGCCGUGCUACCGGUCUCUUGGUCGCGAACGACAUGGACUACAAGCGAAGCCACCUCCUGAUCCACCAGCUGAAGCGGCUCUCUUCACCCAACAUGAUCGUUACCAACCACGAUGCGACACUGUUCCCCUCGCUGCAGCUUCCGUCCGAGAACUCGUCACAGGUUCAGUACCUCAAGUUCGAUCGCAUCCUGGCUGAUGUGCCCUGCUCUGGGGAUGGCACGCUGCGGAAGAAUGUCAACCUUUGGAAGGACUGGAUCCCUGGGAACGCCCUAGGCCUGCAUCAGACCCAGGUCAGGAUCCUCGUCCGUGCCCUACAGAUGCUCAAGCCUGGAGGCAGAGUGGUCUACUCAACGUGCAGUAUGAACCCUGUUGAGAAUGAGUCCGUUAUUGCGGCGGCUAUUGAGCGCUGUGGUAGCGAAAACGUCGAGAUCUUGGAUUGCAGCAACGAGCUCCCUUGUCUCCAGCGCGUGCCCGGAAUGACAAAGUGGAAAGUGAUGGACAAAGCCGGCCGUAUAUGGAAUGACUGGAAGGAGGUCGAGGAAUGGGUUGAGAAGGAGAGCAAGGACGGCCUCAUUCCUGGGAAGCUGGUGCCUACCAUGUUUCCACGCAAGCAGGACGAGGACACCCCAGCGAUCCCACUGGAGAAGUGCAUCAGAGUGUAUGCGCACCAGCAAGAUACCGGAGGGUUCUUCAUCACCGCAUUGCACAAGAAGAAGGAGUUCAAGGCCAAGCCUGAAAAUUGGAUGUCAUUGGCAAACAAGGCAUCAGAACCUGCGGCGACCCAAGAGAGCGAGCCACAACCGGAAGAUGGCGCCGCGACGGCAGCGGCUCUCGUCAAGGCUGAGGAAGAGGGAUCCAUCGAAGCCAAGGUCGAGUCAUCUGCCAAGCCUGCAGAUACAAAAAUGGAGGAUGACGUGGAAAUCAAGACGGAGGGCCAAGCAGCCCCCAGCGCUGGGUCAAGCAGCCCCCUGAAACGCGCUCGUCAAGAUGACGGCGACGUGCAGCCUGAGGCUAAGCGUCAACAAACAGACGCUGCACAAGCACAGUCGGACGUGCCACCUACGGGCUACUACGACGGUGAGAAGGAGCAACAACCUCCGGUCGAGCACAAAGAUACGGCCGAGCAGCAGAAGCAGGAGAACGGCGAUGCCACCCAGCAGAAGGAGCAAACGACGUCUGAUGGGUACGGUGACAAGGCUGCCAAGAAAGAGAACAAGCAACCAUUUGAAGAGCCGUUCAAAUUCCUUUCACCAGAAAACCCCGUUAUCAAGAGCGUGCAAGAGUUCUACAAGAUCUCACCCCGCUUCCCGACGGACCGCUACAUGGUCCGUAACGCAAUGGGCGAGCCAGCAAAGACCGUCUACUACACCAGUGCCCUCGUCCGGGACGUCCUGACAGCCAAUGAAGGCCGCUCAACAAAGUUCGUCCAUGGCGGCGUGAAGAUGUUCAUGAAGCAGGACGCCCCUUCGGCCGAAGUUUGCAGGUGGCGCAUCCAGAGCGAGGGCAUCCCCAUCCUGCAGGGCUAUGUCGGGCAGGAGCGUGUCGUGGUGCUCCGUAACAAGGAGACCUUGCGUAGACUCCUGAUCGAGAUGUUCCCGCGCAUUGGGGACGGAGAGUGGCAGAAGCUGGACGAGAUAGGCGAGCGGGUGCGCGACGUGGGCAUGGGGUGUCUCGUGCUGCGCAUCGAGCCGGACGGCUCCGAUGAGGACUUCAGCGAGAGGAUGGUCCUCCCGCUGUGGAAGAGCUUCCAUUCCCUCAACCUCAUGCUGCCAAAGGAGGACCGUAGCGCCAUGCUGCUGAGGAUUUACAACGACACCACUCCGCUGGUGAACAGUAUUCUCAAGCGGGACCAAAAAGCAGCAGCUGAGAACAAGACUGAGGGCGAGAACGGUACCGAGGCGGAGCCUGAGGCCACUGCUGAGACGGUGACUGAGGGUGAAGCAGCCGCUGAGACCGAGGCCGGCAACGAUGAUGGCGGCGCUCCCGUGGAUGCCAUGGAGGAGGAUACGCCAGCACCAGCACCAGCACCGGCGGCCUAG